GGGGCUGGCGACACCUCUUCUAAAGCAGCAGGCAAAAGUUGGAGUGUCCGCCGUCUCUUUGGGCACCAAGGGAGAGCCAUUAACUGUGAGGAAAGGUUAGCAAGGCAGCCACACUCUAGUCAGGAGACCCCACACAGCUCCUGGGGUACUGUCAAGUCCUAGUGAACUCGUAAGCUGGAAAUAAAGGUAAGUCUGGGCUGGUGACAGGGCUCAGGGGCUGGAGAUGCUUGCUGACAACUCGGAUGACCUGAGCUUUACACACACACACACGGACACACACACACACACACACACACGGACAUACAGAUUUUUUUUUUUAAACUUGAAAAGGGGCAUGAAGCUCAGUGGUUAUCGACUGCCUUUUGUUCAGAGGCGUUUCGUUCUGUUCCCAGCACCUACAUCAAGUGGUUCAUCAAUGACGGUCACUCCAGCUCUAGGGCAUCCGAUGCCCUCCAAGAGCACACACACACACAGACCACUCCCCAUCCACGUAAUUAAAAAAAAAAUGCUGCCGUGUGGUGGUGGUACAAUCAGGAGGCAGAGGCAGGCUGAUCUCUGUGAGUUUGAGGCCAGCCUGAUCUACAGAGCGAGUUCCAGGACAGCCAGGGCUGUGACACAGAGAGACUCUUGUUUUGAGAAACAAACAACCAACAAAGUGAAGUUCAAGACGCAUUUAAUAUUCUAAUAUUUUAUUUAUUUAAAGUAUACUGUCGCUGUCUUCAGACACACCAGAAGAGGGCGUCGGAUCCCAUUACAGAUGGUUGUGAGCCACCAUGUGGUUGCUGGGAAUUGAACUCAGGACCUCUGGAAGAGCAGUCGGGGCUCUUAACCGCUGAGCCAUCUCUCCAGCCCCAUAAUGUUCUAAACCAAUUGAAAACCAGAGCCCCAGAGUCAGGCGCAGCACAGGGGAGCUUGGCCCCUGUAGCCUAAAGGCCUUUGGAGUGUCUCAGCUGGUGAAAAAUGUGAAGGGUAUCAGACCGCUUUCCCACCAUUGCAGAGUCGCUGAGGAUCGCAUCCAUCUCUGGCGUAAGUAAGGAACAAACUGUCUUGUUCUCCUCUGGGUCCCGUUUCCUCGUCUUUCGUUUUUCCUCCUCUGGAGCCACUUUCUCCCUCAGGAAAUUAGGUUAGAUUCCAGGAAAGAAAAACAAGACCGAUAAACAUCUUUAGCACAGGCUUCAAAAGUGUCCCCCCAGGCAGGGUGAGCCUUGAAGGUCAGGUCACCUUACCCCUGAGGAAAAUCGCUUGGAGCAGGAGUGACCUCUAGGGAACUGACUGCUUCCUUUUAGCCUAGACAGCCUCGGCUGCAUCCCGAAAUGCAGACAGAUUACCUGGAUUACCUGCUCUGCGUGCGGUGAGCCCUCCAGCCCCUUGCUGCCUCUCUUUUCUUGUUUUCUGCUUACAGAUAGACUUGGACUUGCACGAUCCCUUUAUCUGUCUCCCUAAGAAGCCAUGUCGAUUACAUUGUGUUUCUUUGUUGUCUUUCUUUGCUAGCACAGUGGACAGGCCAGUGUCUAGGCUCUUGGGACUCCUGGAGCUGAGGGCCUUUGCCCUAAAUAAAUCACACGUUGAACCUUCCUAAGCUAGGGGCUGAGUUCUCUUUCUCCCUAAGACAAACGGGGUCCUAUAUUUGUAGUAAUCCUCCUGCCUCAGCCUCCCAAGUGUCUCCAUUACAGACACAAGCCACUGUCCACGCCCAGCUUUUGUCGGUGGUUUGUUUUUUUUUUUUUAAACAGGAUAUUUAAGGGAUUGUUUACUUUUUUUUCCCUCGAGGCUCUUAAGAUGGCUCAGAGGUUAAAGAUGUGGAGCCUGACACCCUCGAGUUCGCAUCCCCAGGACUCUCACAGUGGGAGGGGAGAACACUAAAAAAAUGGCCUCUACCUCUGCACAGGAGCUGGGUAUGCUCCCCCCAUCAAAAAUGAUAAACAAAAUAGUUUUUAAAAAGUUUUUUUUUUUCAGGUCUAGUCAGAUGGCUCUGCAGUAAGGGUACGUGCCAUCCAACCUGAGGAUGUGACUUCUUGGGAGGGAAGGGACUGACUCCUACAGGCACAAUGUAGCAUGUAUGAACAUGGUGCUGUGGUCUCAGAUGUGUUGGGCUGAAUUUAUAACUAUUCCGGAAUAUGUGCUAUCCUCCAGUCACAGGCUUGACCGAGGCCGUAGCCCCUCUGAAAAGCUGAGACACUGUGAAGAGGGUAGGGUUAUCUGGGGGCUCUGAGGGAGAAGGAAGAUCUGAUUCUGCAAGUACUGGAAUAACUGAAUAUCAAUGCUGCUUCUGGGAUGUUCAACAGCCCCCGACAGAAUGAAGCAAGAGUAACGCCAGCCCCCUUCUUUGGCUGCCAAAGCGGAAAGGUUUGUAGCGGAAAGGUUUGUAUCAUGCCUGUAAUCUCAGAAUUUGGAAGGAUGAGGCAAGAGAAUGUUGAGUCUAAGGCCAGCUUGGGGUAGAUGGUGAUUUCCAGGCCAGCCUGGGCUAUGGAAUGAUGUGGAGUGAGGCUCUGUCUCAACCACACUAAACCAAAAUGAAGGCUAUCAAACCAAGCAGGAGAGAAAGCAGACAGGGACUUGAAUCUGACCAACCAGCAUGGUAUGUUUCCUUCAAAGAUUAUAAGUCAAAGCUGGGCUUUUACGGGAUCCAGGUAACAGAACUGGAUGGUGUGGUCACAGUUCAGGAUCCUAGAGGACAUAUAAUUAAUCCUCUAGGAACACAAGGGGUCAUGUCACCUAGGGAGGAAAAUCCUCACUAUGCACAUUUGACUGAUGAGCAUCAGUAAGGCACUCGACAGUGCUGAACCGGACCCUGCAUUGACCAGAUCCGGGUGGUCCUGGAAAGCCAGCGGAGGCUUUUUGGAACUGGGGAGCUAGAAGGAGCCAGCUUGAAUUUAAGGGUUCAAACUGGAGCGUGCUCCUGGGGGCAGGAGGAAGGCUAGUCACAUGGUUGGUAUGAUCUUCCAAGCUGGUUGUUUUCUAUCGGAUGAAGAAAUAUGGUAGUACAACUCCCCACCACCACCUUGGCUGGCCUGGAUGGAACUCGCUGCUGUAGAUACUGUAGCCCAGGCUGGUCUCUAACCAGAUACGCUGGUCUUGAGGCGUCCUCCUGCCUCUGCCUCCUGAGUGGUGGGAUUACAGGCUUGAGCCACCAGGCCUGACUGACACUGGGGAUUCUAAAUUUCUCUGUGGUCGAAAAGGGAUUGCCCAAGUCUCCUUAAGAUACUGUGUUCGAUUCCUAUCCGGCCAGCUGGUGAUUUGUUUAGGGAACGUCCGUCAUAAUUCUUCAACACUUUCAAAAGUAGAGCUAACCCCUUUAUUUCUCUUUGGGUUCGCCCAGUCUCCCUCAGUCGUUCGCAGUGGGACAGCCCAGCUGACUCCUCCCCUUCCCGACAGCCGACUUCGCGCUGGGAAAAGCAAUAGCUGCCCGAUCGUUCCUUAGGUGGCAGGGAAGGGCGAUCGAGAGGCAGGGCUGAUCGAUUAAAGUUGCCUGGCUCCUUGCGUGCACCGUGCGCUGCGGGCUCUUCGCGCCUGCGUAGUGCGCCCCCCUCCCUUUCUGCCUCCUCUGCCGCCAUGGCGCCUGUGAAAAAGCUUGUGGCGAAGGGGGGCAAAAAAAAGAAGCAGGUUUUGAAGUUCACCCUUGACUGCACUCACCCUGUAGAAGAUGGAAUCAUGGAUGCUGCCAAUUUUUUCCUCCAGGAGAGGAUCAAGGUGAACGGGAAAGCUGGUAACCUUGGCGGAGGGGUUGUGACCAUCGAGCGGAGCAAGAGCAAGAUCACUGUCACUUCCGAGGUGCCUUUCUCCAAAAGGUAUUUGAAAUAUCUCACCAAAAAAUAUUUGAAGAAGAACAACCUCCGAGACUGGCUGCGCGUCGUUGCCAACAGCAAGGAGAGCUACGAGCUGCGCUACUUCCAGAUCAACCAGGACGAGGAGGAGGAGGAGGACGAGGAUUAAGACACAUUGGUCUGCCAUGUUUUGUAUUAAUUCAUAAAUAAAAUUUAGGAACAAAACCCGGUGGUUUAUCCUUGCAUCUCUGCAGUGUGGGUUGGACAGGGUUGGAAAGACAGGACUGGGGUUUAACUGGGCUGCUGCUCGCUUGUACAUAGACAGUUUUCUCUGCUCAGAAAUGUCAGUUCUCCAGUCGUGAUGUCCGAACAGAAGAGCCAGGCUCAGGGGCUGCAUCUGACACUGAGCAAGUGGACUAGAGGGACGGUCGUGAACUCUGACCAGCCUGAGUCUUACAGAACCUGGUGCUUGGUUGUUUUAUCUGGUGCCUGUCACAAAGGAAGGUUUGAGAUACAGUGUGGUGCUCCUCAGAAGCAAACAGGUGAUUUCUUUAUGUGAUUCCCACCCCCAGGAAAAUGGCAGCCAGUAAGACAGGUUUCAGGGUCUCCAGGUUGGAACACAAGUUACUCACAAUUGUGUGUACUAACCUUCUUCCUUCCUAUUGAAAUAAGAGGGGGUCUUUCAGUAUUACUGCUGCAUAUUCUGCCUUUUAUUAAAGAAUCUGUAAGUACGCUGAGCAUUUACGCGUUUAGGUGGCUCUGUAUGGUGGGUGAGUCAGGGCGAGGACUUGUGCAAAUCUUUGCCAGGAGCUGUUUGUCUAGCCUCCAGCAGAGGGCGAGGAGGACAGCUUCCACAUGUUCCCAGUAGGGGGAGCCCUUCCAUGCCAAGGAGGGAACACCAGUACUGGUGAAGGAGGGCGUGUUGUCACAACUGGACUUUGACAGAAGUAGUCCGGGGUAGAACUGACUGAUAUACUCCAGGUUUGAUCCGAAUCACUGGAGGAAUCAGUCUAAGCUGUGUGAACCUGCAGGGUCCUGGGCAUGGAGGCACUGGGGUUUUAUCAAAGGUUACCUUGGAAGAGUUCCCAACACAUAGGGUGCUCCUCUGGUCAGAAGUUGUGCAGAAGCAUCUGCUUGCUUUCUAACCAUAGUAUGCAAUGCUUUAAGGGCUCGCUCACAGCCGGUGGCCACACUCGAGGCCUGGACACCAAAUGUCCGAGGUCCUCAAAUUUAAGCUGUUGAGGCUUUUUGAGCCCCGUGUGGCAAAGGCUCUGGUGUUUUCUAUUUCUAUGCAAAUUUCUUGAAGCAGAAAUGUUACUGUCUCUCCUCUGUCCUUGGAGGAGGAGGCCUUUCCUCCCAACUUCAGGUGCAGCCCCUCGUGAUUAGCGUCUUAACAUUUGUGACUUGGGUUUGCUGAUCUCCUUUGUUACAUUGGUGUACCUCGUAGUGGUUUUUAGUUUGGCUGUAAAUCAUUAACCCUGGGUUGGUUAGCAUAUGCUUCUAAAAAAAAAAAAAUGGUCCCAGAUUUUGAAACUUGUAAUAAAAUGGAAACUCGAUGGUUUUUAUGCCUUUCUAACUCUUGUAUCUGAAUGUUGAUCACUUUUUGUAUUAAAGUGGCUGACACAUGGCUACUGUCACCGUG